UGACACACACUCUGAGGAGGAUCCACGGCGGAGGAUCCACGGACCGAUGCCAGCGUCACGGCGCAUCCACUGACGCGUGUCCUCCCUGGCAUGGACACCGGAGGAGCGCUGUGAGCAGCAGGAACCAUGCCUACUGUCCUCGGUGGCAAAGGGAAACUUUCCAUUGUCUGCUUUCUGCUCCGAUGCGCAUAUUCUCAGGUAACAAGAAGCCAACACAGCAGCUGUGCCAAACAACUUUUUAAGGACAUGACUCAGUCCUGGACAUCCCAGCAGGCCUUGGGGGGAGACCAGGCCCAGCGGAUCCUCUACAACUCUAAGGAUGCAAAACAGCCAGCAACACAGCAAAGACAAAGUCAGGGAGAUGUUCAGCUGAGAAUGGGUCGUCAUCCUCACGUGGCUCCUCACAAAUCCAUGCUGGCUGAUGACCUGAAGCUGAGCAGUGAUGACGAAGACAAUCAACGGCCGAUCCAUGAGUCAGUUUCUUGGGACAGACACAGCCUGUCAGCACAGCGAGCGCACACAAAUGGCAGGCGGGUGAGAUAUUCCAGCUCCAACUCUUCAGGUUCAGACUCCACCGUCGAGUCGGGCAGCAGCAGCCUUCAUUCCCGGAGCCCCAGCCAGAGUCCAGAGGUUCACCCAGAGCCUGCGUCACCCGUCGACACUCAUCCGUCGUGCCACAACGAGGAGACUGACCAUCCCUCUGCUGCCCAGUGGCAGUUAGAUAAAUGGCUGAAGAAGUCCCAAAAAAAAUCUGCCCAAAGUGAACAAGAUCCCUCUCAGAGCAUUCCCAGACACCUGCUCUCACCUCACACCCAGCGAGCCCCAUCUCCAGCCCUGUCGUGGGACAGCAAUCAGGAAUACAGUCCCAGCCAAAGUCCCAUUCCCAGCCCGCAGUUCAGUUACAGCCACAACCACGGCUCCUUACCGAGCCCCGGUUACAGCUACUGUCCGAGUCCCAGCCCCUUCCCUAGCACUUGUCCAAGUCCCAGCCCUAGUCCAAGACAUAGCCCGAUCCCCAGUCCAGUUCCAAGUGUUUGCCCCAGUCCGUGCGGGAGCCCAGGAGCCAGCCGUAGCCCUAGCCCUAUACCGAGAGAUCCUCCAAGAAGCCCCAGUCCCAGUGUACCUGCUCCUUCCAGGGUUUGCCACUACCCCGAGGUUCAGAGUCACCACCCUGGCCUGACAACCAAUCCCCACAGGACAAAAAUCCGGCCAUGGAUUGCCCCUAAUGCCGACACGAAGAGCAAGCCCACAAGUAACACUCAUCUUCAGCACAGGCCUAAGCAUCGACCCCCACCGGACCGAGACCAAAACCAAAACCAAAGCAAGUCAAAGAUUUCGGUGGUUUUAUCCUCUAAUCAAAGUCAAAGCUGCAAAUCUAGACUUAAACCUAUUUUUCAUUCCAGCCCUAAAGAGCUUGCUGAGGUUCCCCAAGCUAAAAACACAUCACAUCACCAGAGUAGCAGGUCCAACCCUAGGUCCCGGCCUCCGUUUCAACCGAGCUCACAGCGUAGUCCCACGAGGGCAAAGCACUUAGUCCCCUCUAGUUGUGAAGCCAACACUGGUCACAGUUCUCACUCCCAAUCUACCUCUAAAGCUGCUCAUAAUUCUAGCACUGGGUUGAACCGUCGGUCCAUCUCUAGCCUAAAGCAUAGGUCCAAGUCUUUGGAGGCUACAGCUCCAACAUCUACACAUGUUAAUCAGGCAAAAUCAUCACAGAAGAAACCCGAAGCGAAGGAACAGGAAGUGGAACACAGAAGGGAUCAUCUGACCCACGUAGAGAGGAGAAAACAUGAAAGAAAGGAGGACAGACACAGGGAGAAACUAGAGGGGAAACCGGAGAGAAAGGAAGACAAGAGGCUGGCGGAGGAGCAGCUACUGAGACGUCCCUGGAUUCAUAGUUCGGCUGAAGAAGAGGAGGAGGAAGAGGAGGACGACGGAGUGAUAGAACGGCAGAGGAGGAGAGAGGAGGCAGCAAGAGGAGAAAACAGGAGGAAGAGGGAGCAGCAACACCGACACGAAUGGCCAAAACAGAGAGGGCCGAGCAGCAGCGAGCGACACCGCCUUCAGGACGACUCGCACCAUCAGGGGAGGACAAAGAAGGGACCCAGAAGUGAGGAGGACAGAGACUUCUCACCUCCUCUUCCUUCACGUUCCCCGUCUCCUCAUAGACCCUCUUCCUCGGCCUCUUCCUCUUCAAAUUCAGAUUCAGAAUCUGAAUGUCAGGCUCCAGUUGCCAAAGCUCCAGCAGACUCCACCUCUCACAAGAGACUCACCAAGAAAGGCCAAGACCCCGGCGGACCUGACGCCAACAGGCCGAGGGUGGUGCAGCCCCGAGGAGCCAGCUCAGGUACCCCAAGCAAGGAGCAGCAAAGUGAGGGGAAGCAAAAACUCUACACCCUGGUCCCAUUUGGGCGAAGUGAAAAGGCCCAACCUUCCUCCCAGCGAGGGCUGAGGAAUCUGGUGGUGCACAUAGACCUCUGUCUUCUCAAGAGGGUCCCAGACAGCACGACUAACUCCCCUGUGAAGAAGCCGUCCUCUUCCUCCUCUUCUGCAUCAAACAAGGACAAGCAAAGAGAGGCUAUGAAACACCUGUUUGUUCCCGAGACGCCCACGAAAGACAACAAAAGGAAACGCAAGCUGGAGAAUGGUGUGUCUCACAGAGAAAGCAAGAGAAGCCUUCCUUAUGCAAAUGACCUCUCAGGUCCCACAGAGUCCUCGUCUCUCACAGCUGAGAACCUUGUGACUGGAACCACGCACAAUGGGUACUUGGAGGAGUACCUGGACAGUAAGAGGCCACUGUCCCCCCUGUCUCCCUUGUCUCCCCUACCGCAGAGCCCCGAGUCCACCAAAUCUACCUCCAAAACAAAAGCUCCAGAGCAGCAGAACACCCCCAAGAACAAAGACAAGAACAGAGAUUCAGCCAUAAAGCCCAAGAUGGAAGUGGAAUGUGUUAAAGUGUCAAAACAGCCUCAACCACCAUCCGAGACGUGGGGCCCUGCAGGACACCGAGGGACUGUACCAAACCACGAAACUCCUCACCAUGCUGAGUACUACUUACAUGAAGCUAAGAGGAUGAAGCACCGUGCUGAUGCGAUGGUGGAUAAGCUCGGGAAGGCUGUGAACUACGUCGACGCUGCUCUCUCCUUCAUGGAGUGUGGAAAAGCAAUGGAGGAAGGGCCACUGGAGGCAAAAUCUCCUUAUACCAUGUACUCAGAGACGGUGGAGCUCAUUAGGUAUGCAAUGAGGCUGAAGAGCCACUCGGGGCCCGGGGCGAGACAGGAAGACAAACAGCUGGCGGUUCUGUGUUUCCGAUGCCUUGCCCUCCUUUACUGGCAGAUGUUUCGUUUAAAGAAGGACCACGCACUGAAAUACUCCAAAGUGCUGCUCGACUAUUUUAAGAGUUCUCCCAAAGUGCCUACUACACCACCCUGUUGGACUGACUCUAGGAAGGGUGCAGGAGGACCCCCUUCUUCACUCUCACCUAAUGCCAUACACAUCAGUCGAGGUUCACAUGGGGGCAGCAGCAGCUCUGCGUCACUCAUAAGCAUUCCCCAACGCAUCCACCAGAUGGCAGCCAACCACCUGAACAUCACCAACAGUGUCCUGUACAGCUACGAAUACUGGGAGGUGGCAGACAACCUGGCCAAGGAGAACAAAGAGUUCUUCAACUACUUGAAUACACUGUCUGGGCCAUUGACUCUGCACAGUAGCAUUGCUCACGCCGUCCAGUACACCAGGCAGGCUCUUCAGUGGAUUCGCAUCAGUGCCAAACUUAACUAACACGGAGAGGUUUAACUGUAACCUGCACAAUGGAUCUCCAGGAUCAUUUACUGUAGAGGAGACAAAACUCUGGAUCUAUGCAGCUAACCGGAAGCACUGGUGUGGAUACCUACUGUCCAAGAAGGCGGAUGAAGUCCCACAGAGCCUGUCAUCUUUGUAGUAUGUUGAGGUGCUUCCUCACUGUGUGCAUAACCUUCUGAAGGAGCAAUCUCCCCGUUUACCUGCACGCACCUUCUUCUUCCUCAUUUUUGGGUUCAUCUGAGGAGUCGUGUGAGCUGUGGAUGAUUGAAGUCUCGAAUCAUUUGCCAAACGUUCCGUGGACCUGAAAGAACUCACAUAAGGUCGUAUGUACAAAGUCAUAUUCUGGACUUUUUCUCUGGGGCCAAAACAGGAGAAGAUGCUACAAAAAAAGGACCAACCAAUCCUAUACCACUUUCUCCAAAGUAGAAAACUUGUCUGCAUCAUUUUCUAAUGAAGGUUGUACUGACUUACUUUUAAAGUAUCUAAUAUUUUUACUUUUAUGUGUUUUUACUGUGCAAUAUUUGAUGGAUUAUUUGUUUUUAGAAAAAAAAGGAAAAAGUAUGAGAGAAUAAAAUGUUGGUGAGUUUA